AGUAUUUUGUGUCGUGCCUGAAAGGACUGUGAAGUCUUGCAGCCGCUCAGACUUGAGGAGUGACAACUUAACGAUGGCGGGUGCUCUUUAUCUGUUUGCUCUAGUUCGCUCUUUCCGGUUCUGUGGACGGGGGCGACAGCAGCUGGGCUGAGCUCGCAGCCACACUUUCAAUUCCCUCGCUAGGACGAUCCCAACCACCAACUCCUGCGAGGGUAGCUUGGAUAUUCAAGGACAUUUUAACGUUACUAUAGCUACUUUGGCCUUUUCUGUCGAUUGAGGAAAUCCAGCGUGUGGUUCUCCGGCGCAAUGAUGUGGCCAGAUUUUGUAAACACGGGCAGAAACGGCGGUUAAUAUUCACUGUGCAACACUCCCGAGCUGAUGAUGUUUGUCUUCGUCUCAUCUUUACAUGCCGUACCCGCACCCCUUCCUCUGCUGAAGGGCCAAACACACGGCCACGUAAAGGACAUCAUUUGCUGACUUUCGAUGCGUUUUUAUCUCAAUUAUGGCAUCGUUUCCAGACCUCAAGUCGGCGGCUGUUUCGUGCUGAAAGAAAACCGUGUUACUGGUGAAAGUAGUGACCCCGAAAUCGCGGAGAAAAGGCCAGUGAACUUUGAUAUGCUGAGUGCUGGAUUGUGGCGAAGCCAGAGGUGCAACACUGAUGUGCAUCAGGUCCAGGAACCGUCAAUGCGGACUUCAGCUGGUGAUUUGACAAGUUACAUAUAGGAGCCCCCCCGAGUCUCUCCUGUCCCCUCUCCCUUCCCUCUGUCCCUCCCCCCUUCCCUUGUCAAUCUUCUCUCCGAUCCCCCUCUCCCCAUCCUCCAAGAUUCACCAUGCUUAUCAAGGAGUACCGCAUCCCCAUGCCCAUGAGUGUGGAGGAGUACCGCAUUGCCCAGCUCUAUAUGAUCCAGAAAAAGAGCAGAGAAGAGAGCUGUGGUGAAGGUAGUGGGGUGGAGAUUCUAGAGAACAAGCCCUACACAGAUGGACCGGGUGGGACGGGCCAGUACACCCACAAGGUUUACCAUAUUGGCAUGCACAUUCCCAGCUGGUUCCGCUCCAUCCUGCCCAAAGCAGCACUGAGGGUUGAAGAGGAGUCCUGGAACGCCUACCCUUACACCCGCACCAGAUACACCUGCCCAUUUGUUGAGAAGUUCUCCAUUGACAUUGAGACCUACUACAAAUCUGACACAGGCAAUCAAGAUGUCUUCAACAUGUCUGCAACAGAGAAGAGGCAGAGGACUAUUGACCCAAUCGACAUUGUGACAGAUCCCAUUCCCCCCCAUGAGUACAAAGCGGAGGAGGACACACGGCUCUACAAGUCAGCCAAGACCCAGAGGGGUCCUCUACAGGACGACUGGAUAGAAGAGUACAAAAAUAACCCAGGGAAGACCCCCAUCAUGUGUGCCUACAAACUCUGCAAGGUGGAAUUUCGUUACUGGGGCAUGCAGUCUAAGAUUGAACGCUUCAUCCAUGAUGUUGGACUGAGAAAGGUGAUGGUGCGUGCACACCGGCAGGCCUGGUGCUGGCAGGAUGAGUGGUACGGUCUGACCAUGGAGGACAUCCGGCAGCUGGAACUGGAAACCCAGCUGGCCCUGGCCACGAAGAUGGCCCAGUUCAGCCAGGCAGAGGAGGCCACAGAGGCCAACGGAGAUGCUCCGUCUCCGGACAAACACCAGGAGGUUAAAGAAGCGAUCAGCUCCAUUGAAACUGAGGAGGUGGUUGUUCACUCCGGAGGAGAGACUCUCCAGCCACGUGGUGUACUCACCAAGCAAUGGUCCACUUCAUCCCGAUCCUCCCGCUCAUCCAAGAGAGGAGUGAGCCCAUCACGUCACAGCAUCUCAGAGUGGAGGAUGCAGAGCAUAGCGCGAGACUCAGACGACAGCUCAGACGAGGAGUUCUUCGACGCUCAUGAGGAUUUCUCAGACGGCGAGGAGGUCUUCCAAAAGGAAAUUUCCAAGUGGAACUCCAACGACCUCAUAGACAAGAUUGAAUCUGCAGACACAGAGGAAACUCCUGGUGAGCUGUUCAAGGAAAUGACAGUGGAUUAUGAGAGAGCAACCAGUGAGGAAAGACUAGAUGAGAUGCGUGGCUCUGUUAGCGGCCAAGCCGAUAGCUCUCCCAUUCCCACCAUCACGGUAACAAGGCACCAGUCAGAGAGCUCGUCCCAGCAGUGUCUGCAGCCCUCCAAGAUCCAUGUGCUGAUCUUGGUUCUGCACGGAGGGAACAUCCUGGAUACAGGCGGAGGGGACCAGAACAGCAAGCAGGCCGACGUCAACACCAUUAGUACAGCUUUCGAAACAGUCAUGCGUGUUCACUACCCCACGGCGCUGGGACGCAUCGCCAUACGCUUGGUGCCCUGCCCUGCCAUCUGUGCCGAGGCCUUCUCCCUAGUUUCCAACCUGAGCCCAUACAGCUACGAUGAGGGUUGUCUGUCCAGCAGCCAGGACCACAUCCCUCUGGCAGCUCUCCCCCUCCUGGCCACCUCUGCUCCACAGUACCAGGAGGCCAUUGCCACUGUCGUUGUAAGAGCCAACCAGGUGUACACAGAGUUCAUAAAGUCUCUCAACGGGGCAGUCUUCUCUGGCCAGGUAUGCCUCAUUGGGGACUGUGUGGGAGGAAUCUUGGGAUUUGAUGCACUGUGCAGCAGCAACCAGACAGUUAAUGAAAGCCAGGACAGCAGUCGCAGGGGCAGUGUCGUCAGUGUACAGGACCAGGACCUCCUUUCUCCUGGAAUCAUUAUCAACAGCGGGCACGGGUCAGCCUCUCCGACUCUGGAGGGCAGCCGCCACCUCAGUCGCAGUAACAUUGACAUUCCUCGUGCCAGUUCAGGUGACGACACCAAGCGACAACUGCCACGCAAGAGAAGUGACUCCUCCACCUACGAGCUGGACACAAUAAAACAACACCAGGCCUUCCUCACCAGCUUACACGCCAGUGUUUUGCGGAACGACACAGUCUCACGCAGGUCGAGCAGCAGCGCUAUGCUGGAUGGAGGCUCCCUGGGAAAGUUUGACUUUGAGGUCUCCGACUUUUUCUUGUUUGGCUCUCCACUAGGCUUGGUACUCGCCUUGAGAAAGACUGUCAUUCCAAUGCUGGAUGUGGCCCAACUGCGGCCUGCCUGUCAGCAAGUCUACAACCUGUUCCACCCAGCCGAUCCCUCAGCCUCCCGCUUGGAGCCUCUAUUGGAGAGGAAGUUUCACCUCCUGCCUCCCUUCAACGUGCCCCGUUACCAACGCUUUCCCCUGGGAGACGGAAACUCUGCCCUACUUGUGGAGACAGUCCAGAGCAACGCUCAGCUGCUACUUGACAGCGGGCCUCCCCUGUCCCUUCGCUGUCAGGAGGCCAUCAGUGAGACCUGCAUCCCUGUGCCUGUGCUAAACUGGCCGGAGGGCUCCCUCAAAGCCACACCCGCCACUAUGGAGUCGGAUGUUGUUCAGUCUCAUGGUGGUGUCUUCAUGGACAGUUCGUACCCCUCAUCCCCCGUAACGGGCCCCCUCUCCCGGGGCCAGCGGAGGGCCAGUGAAGUCAGCAUUGCCAGCCAGGUCUCAGGAAUGGCAGACAGUUACACUGCCACCAACAUAGCCAACACCAAAUCACGCCAAAUUAACCAAUUCAAAAAGUUCUGCCUUUUGUCCCAACUCGCCCUUUCAUCACAAAACAAAUUCUUCCUGAAAAGUCCUCCUAAGUCCCGUAAGAAAGCGGAGGCUGGCAAGGCCACAGGAUCUCCUGAUGCAGAUCUAGUAGCAGAGCUGGACGGUGUGGCAGAGACUAGUGACCGUCUAAGUCCCACUGGCCAGCACGACAACUGCCAGUCACCUGGGCUGGAGCGUGCUAUAUCUGAUCUGGUCUCACUGGACUCCCAGGCUGAAGUGGACCAAGUUGCAGCACGUUGGUGGGGCACAAAGCGGCUGGACUUUGCCCUGUACUGCCCCGAUGCUCUCACCGCUUUCCCCACAGUGGCUUUACCGCACCUCUUCCACGCAUCAUACUGGGAGUCCACUGAUGUUGUGUCUUUUCUUCUGAGACAGGUCAUGAGGCAUGAAAACUCUAGCAUCCUGGAGCUCGAUGGGAAAGAAGUGACUGAAUUCACUCCCUCUAAACCUCGAGAGAAGUGGCUCCGCAAGAGGACCCUUGUGAAGAUCAGGAACGUGACUGCCAACCACCGCAUUAACGACGCGGUGUUCACAGAAGACUCCCAGCAGGUCGUGACAGGUCGCUUUAUGUACGGCCCUUUGGACAUGGUCACCUUGGCCGGGGAGAAGGUUGAUCUCCACAUCAUGACCCAGCCCCCAUCAGGAGAAUGGGUGUACUUCAACACACAAGUGACCAACAGUAGUGGCCGUGUGUCUUUUGCCAUCCCAGAGAAAAAACGUCUGGGCAUUGGAGUCUACCCAGUCAAAAUGGUUGUCAGGGGUGACCACACAUGUGCAGACAGCUACCUGACAGCUGUUCCACGUGGUACAGAGUUUGUUGUAUUCAGCAUCGACGGGUCAUUUGCGGCCAGUGUGUCAAUCAUGGGCAGUGAUCCCAAAGUGCGGGCAGGAGCCGUGGAUGUUGUCAGGCACUGGCAAGAUUUAGGCUAUAUGAUCAUCUAUGUGACAGGACGGCCAGACAUGCAGAAGCAGCGGGUAGUGGCUUGGUUAUCUCAGCACAACUUCCCUCAUGGCAUUGUCUCCUUCUGUGACGGUCUGGUCCACGACCCGCUCAGACACAAGGCCAACUUCCUCAAGUCCCUGACAGAGGUUCACAUGAAGAUUUUCGCUGGCUACGGAUCAACCAAAGACAUCUCAGUCUACACCUCCGUUGGCAUUCCUCCCUCCCAAAUAUAUAUCGUCGGGAGACCCUCCAAGAAGAUGCAGUGCCAGUUCAUCACAGAGGGCUAUGCAGCUCAUUUGUCCCAGCUGGAGUACAGCCACCGUUCUCGGCCAGCUAAGUCCAGCAGUGCACGCAUGGUGCUACGUAAAGGCAGCUUCGGCUUGGGUGCAAACAGCGACUUCCUAAGGAAGAGGAACCACCUGCUGCGCACCAUCUCAUCCCAACCGGCCCCCAGCUCCCCAACAGGCAGCAUCCACAACAGGCCAGAGCGCACACAGAGCCAAUCGGACGGCGAGAGGCUGGAGCGGGAUCGGCAGGAGUGCGCUCACAGCUACAGCCAGGGAGCAGCACAGCGCAGCAUGAGCAUCACAGCCAGCUGCUGGGGCCGCAGCAGCAGCACCAAGCUGGAACCAGGCGUUCUCAGCCCCAAAUGAGAUCAGGAAGACAGAGUACCUUCGGGAGAGUGAUGAAAAGCAUACAGUGCUGAGGAAGAGACCCAUGACAAAGAUAAAUGCAAAGAGUGAAAAACAGUUGGCUUGCACCAAAUGGGUAUAUACCACAAUGAAAACAAUAGGUGCUACAAACCACUCUUUAUAAACUAAUGCCAGUUACACUCUACACAUAUUUAUGAACAGAGGCUACGGCUAUAUUUAUUACACAACACACACAAAACUCAACAGGCAUUUCAAGGAGCAUCUUCCUGAAACAGAAACGUGCACACAAAUAGACAAAGCAUAUAUUGUAGGGAUCCAGACUGUUUCUACUGUUUAGUACAUAUUUAUCAUUCUUGAUUACAGGGUCAGUUUUCCUCCUACAGCGGGCUUUUAGAUUGGAAAUGGUUACACAUACAAGCACCCCAUUGCUGUAUACUUAAGUUAACAACACAAAGUGGUUAUAGACAGCCUGUAUCAGGUCCCAGUUUGGAUACUGUUCUGAUCCUGAGCUGUAACUGACACUGACACCACAAGCACAGCAGUUACGAUAGGAUUAAUGCUAUGUCCUUUUUUAUGUGAUAACCACAUAUGUUCACGUCUGGGAGCUGAGCGGAGAAUCAGGUAAAACUGGAUUGAAUGUGUUUCUUUUCUCAGUGUGACCAAACAAAUACACAGUCAUUUAGCCCAAAUGUAUCUUUUUCAGAUUUGUUUUUAGAAAAAAGCUUCAUUUAUCAACAUUAAACAACAACCACUGUUCUGUAAGCCAACAUGAACGGAUUUUUUCAUGAUCUACUACUUGUUGCAUAAACAAAGACACAAGCGAUGACUAAAUAAUGUUUUAGCAAACCAUACAGUCCAGUUUAGCUUGUUUUCUAGUCGUCCAUCAGACCAAAGAACCAUCCAAAUAUCACAUGAAGCAAACUGCGAAAUUACCCUUUAAUGAUGGUUGCAGCUUAAACUGUUCCUGGGAUUUUAUAGCGUUUCACCACAUCUCACCACACUGCGCUGCUGAACCUCCCUGAAUCAGUAAUGUUUGACUCGGCUAUAAGGAAAACUCCUACUACUGUACGGUUAAUGUGCCAAAGUAAACAGUAUCGAAUGAUAUGCUGUACAUGAACAGAGAGGAAAUGAUUAUGGUCUCCUUUGAAAAAAUGGAAUAGAUUGUGUAAGUAUGUAGUUGAAUGGUUUAACAAGGUUUGUACAUAAUUGUUACGUGACAGUGCAGAUCUGGUAUCUGGUCCACUGAAGACCAGUUUUAAGUGUCUUCUUCACUCUGGGGGUAGACACCACCUCGUUCUGGAUACAUUUUAAUGAUUGAUGAUGAUUAUUGUUAUUUAAGAUUAUAGAUACUUUAAAAUGUAUUGAUUUUGUGAACAAAAGGUGUUUUUAAUAUUACUUUAACUAUGUUGUGUUUUAGUUUUUUUCUUCCUCAAACUUCAGUUGCAGCAGCCAAAACUCAAAGAGGUCUUUGCCUGGCACAGUAUUGUAUUUUUAUUAUGUUAUCUUGCAGAUCACCAGAAUUGUAUCAACAGAACUGCUAUCUUGUGUCAUAUAUUGUAUGUUUAUUAUCUAUUUUGGAAAUUUGGGAUAUGGCUUCUCUCUGGUUAUCCCUAAGCUGUACAUUAGGCAUUGAAUGUGCUCAUAGAUAAUCGUCUUUAGGUUAAGGUCUCUUUUCUCUGUUCUGCUUUUGCGCCUUUAUAGGAAGAACAAACUGCAAAUUGUAAAUUUUGUACAAAAUGCUGUCAGAAGUAGGAGCACAGAGCUAAGUCUUAACUUUAUGCUGUUUGCCGUUUUUCCUGACAAGGUUACAACAUUUGUGAUUUAUUCAUUCAAAUGAUGUUUAUUUGUCCUUCUAAUAGGCAUUUAUAAAGCUGACUGCAACGGACCAAUAUGGGCUCAAAUGUAAGGGAAAUGUGCAAUAUUACUCAACUGCACCACAAGAUCAAACUGACUGUGCCGAGGAACACAGCACAGUGCAUUGACAAUCAGUUCAACAGGCACAUAUUCUACAGAUGUCAAAUUGCAGAGGGAAUCUGAACACAUCUUAGCACUCAACGAACGCACAGGGCACCCAUGCAACAUUUGUAGAGUCCAUUAAAAAAAAAGAGAUUUCUCACAAGUGCCACUGACCUGAUAAUGGUGUGAAAUAUUACUGCAGGUUUUUUCCUGUGGACAGACAUGUUCUGUCUUAACUUUGUUUUUGAGGUUCAGAUGAAGUCACUUAACAUUUAAAAGUGAUCCAGAAAUCAACACUCAGUUGCCCUUUUAUUAGGUACACUUACAGUAUGUAAAAAAAACAAAUGAAGUCCUGCAACAAAUCCUACCUUCAUUACAACAUUUUAAUGUGUUAACUGUUUUAGAGGGGAUCAAUUUAAUGGUCAUUUUAAAGGCUGUAGUUUGUGAUGCUGUUGAAUUGUAUUGUGUUAUACUGAGAGGUGUUUCUAAUAAUCUGUCCACCCCUUUUAUAUCAAUGAGGGGAGACCUAAUGCUAGAUAACUAAGUGUACAUCCCAAUGCAUAGGUACCGAUUACUUGCUUGACCAGGGCUGUUUCCAGCUAUCCUGGUGAAGAAAAGUGUAAUUACAAACUGUUUUACAAUCCCUCUGCAUUUUGACCAUUUUAGAGAUUUGGCUUGAAGCCAUAUAUAAAACUCUUUUGAAAGAUGCUGAUCGAAUGGCUGUUUGUACAUUGAUAGUAUUUGGAAAAAAGGAAGGGCAAUGCUAUAAAACAUGCAGCGUGGUUAUCUACUGAACCAUAUGUCUUUCCUCAGAGAUCUGAAUUGCCUGGAUAUCAAAAUCCAGAGAAUGUAAAGACGAAGCGGUGCAGUUAUCUGUGAAGUUUGGAUACCUCUGGGCAGACAAUCUCUUUGAUUCUGCUACUUACACACACAUUACCAGAGGCCUUACAUUUCCCUUUUCUGCCUUACAUUGGCCAUUGUGUUGUGAGGCUUAGAAUGAACACUGCUCACUCCCGAAUUGACUUAAUGGAAAAGGGUAGACUGUUUACUUUUUGGAAAUAGGAAAAGGCCAUAUUUUUUCUUAAAAGGCUUUGGCUUGUUUUCACUUAAAAGGAAAUGUACAAAGGAGAACUCGGUUUGACAUAUUUCACUAACAUUAGGCAAUCUGUCUUUCUGUCUCUGUUCCCCAGGUUAACAUGUUAACCACUGUUACAUCAACAGUUAGCGUUCAUAGGCUGUAUAUAUAUAUGCAACAUACCUUGGUAAAUAUUUUCAUUGUACAGGAUAUGUAUCUUGUAGGUUUUUGGAUAACUUAAUGUUAUCCAUUCCUUUGUGCUUUUAUGUACAGUGUAUAAAGAACAUAAAGAACA